UUUCCCGAGAGCCCCGAUUUCGCCCAGUUGACCUUGGAUCACCCUAAAAUGAGUCAAAAUAGGAGUAAUCGACCUUGCUGAGUCGUGUGGUGAUGUUUAUUUUUGAUUUCAAGCCGAUCUAAAGUCACUAUAUCAAGGUUUUCUAAUUCCAGCGUUCUGCCGCUACGUUGCAUAUAGAGCGGAUAGUUUGAAAAUCAUGUUAUGUUACUUUAGAUCGGUUUGAAAUGAAAAUUAAACAUCACCAUACGACUCAGCAUGAUCGAUUACCCCUAUUUUGACUCAUUUUAUGGUGAUCCAAGGUCAACUGGGCGAAAUCGGGGCUCUCGGGAAAAUGCUUAUAGCUCUUGAACACAAUAAGCUGGCCAGUUCAGCCUUGCGUAGUUUUGUAGAAGACAGUAUGGCAAAUCGUAGCCACCCAGAAGAAUCAAAAUCUCUAACUUGCGGGAGGAUGUUUUUCCAGAGACCUUCUGGAAAUUCCUCGAAGAUCUUGGCAAGUCCGAUGAUUACUACAUGCCUAGAUACCCCCAGCUGUUGUCAAUUCGACGGCGAAGAUCCGAACUUGCUAGCUAGUAACGUUCUUGAGUUAUUCAAAAAGCAACCAUGUUCAUUCUUUUUUGAAAUGGAUAGUAGAGAACAUAUUCUUUGAGAUAUGUGUGAUGCUUGUUCGAGGCUGCUGAUGCAGCUGAAAGUCUCAAAUUAUAUCGGUGAUGAGGAGAGGAUAGAUCUUCAAAUUUCGUCCUAGAUAACGAAUAUUCGGUGCAGAUUGACUGUUUGGUUAGACUAAACAGAACGAAAGAAGGACAUUGGAAAGAGUUCAAAAUCGAAAAUUAACGGUAAAGUUUGCCUGCCUCUUCGCGGUUUAAGUCGGAAGUUUCUGUAUGAUAAGCGAGUAUCAAACAGAAGAGAUAUUGAUUCUCGACUCAGUCUCUCAUUCUGUCGCCUUUCGAACUUCACAUAGUGUAAUUGGUACUUUAGUCGUCUAUAGAAUAGUCUUCUUGUAGAUAGAUUUGUUACUUUCUAAUAUUUGUUUACAUUUUAGAUUGAAGUGAAAUUUUCUGCGCCAAAGACAUCCGGUCAGUAUAUUUAUUCUGUCGUUCUAAAAUCCGAUUCUUAUUUUGAUGUCGAUGUUACAGAAAAUCUUUCGCUUGAUGUUCAAGAAGUUAAAGAACCGACAGUAAUUGAACAUCCUCAAUGGGACUUUAGUGAAGAAGAAAAUGGUCAAAAUACAAAAGAAAAUGACGAUGAAUUCAAAACGGAAAGUGAUACAGACGAUGAAUAG